CAUCAGAUAGGAAGUCUCGCUCUGGCAGCUGGCAGCUAGAAUACCACCUUGUUCUCACUUGACCAUGCAGACUUUUCUGAGCGACAGUCUUUAGAAAUGGAUUCUAAUGGAAUUGUGGAGAGCAGGAUGAAUGGGAAUGAAUUGACAAUAUGUGGGAGCUGUUUGAGAUGUAUUCGCAGGUUGAUUCCUGUUGAAUUCAAAAAAGAAAUUCUUGAAUUAUCAACAAUGGCUGGGCCUGUGGUUAUGGCUCAGCUCAUGGUCUUUUUAGUGAGUUUCGUCAGUACAAUUUUCUGCGGCCAUUUGGGGAAGACAGAACUGGCAGGGGUCACUCUCGCCAUAGCUGUGAUUAAUGUUACAGGUGUCUCCAUUGGGUAUGGUUUAUCAUCAGCGUGUGACACACUCAUAUCUCAGACUUUUGGGAGCCGUAACCUCCUGAAAGUUGGGGUCAUUGUACAGAGAGCCAUCCUCAUUCAACUUCUGGCCUGUUUCCCAUGCUGGGCUGUUCUCAUCAACACAGAACCAAUCCUCCUGGCUGUCAAACAGAGCCCAGAGGUCGCCAGGCUGUCUCAGGUGUAUGUGAAGAUUUUUAUGCCAGCACUCCCAGCCACAUUUAUUUAUCAGCUGGAGGCCAGAUAUCUACAGAAUCAGGGAAUCAUAUGUCCGCAGGUCAUCACUGGUGUGGUGGCCAACGUACUGAAUGCCCUCAUCAACUACAUCUUCCUCUAUGUUCUGGACCUGGGUGUAGCUGGGUCUGCGUGGGCCAACACCAUCUCUCAGUUCUCUCUGGCUGCUAUACUUUAUGCCUACAUCCUGUGGAAGGAACUACACAAGGCCACCUGGGCAGGUUGGUCUUGGGAGUGCUUGGAAGACUGGGGCACCUACAUCCACCUGGCUAUUCCUAGCAUGAUCAUGCUGUGUGUGGAGUGGUGGACUUAUGAGAUUGGAGGCUUUCUAGCAGGUCUGAUGAGUGAGGUGGAGCUUGGAGCACAAUCAGUCGUCUUCGAACUGGCAAGCAUUUGCUACAUGUUCCCUCUAGGGUUCAGUGUGGCAGGCAGUGUGAGGGUGGGCAGUGCUCUGGGGGCCGGAGAUACAGAGCAGGCCAAGCUGUCUGCCAAGCUGGCCAUGUUCUGUGCUGGGUCCGUUUCUGUGUGCUUGUCGGUUCUUGUUGGGAUACUGAAGGACAAAAUCUCCUGCGUCUUUACAUAUGAUGAGCAGAUCAGAGAGAGGGUUGCUCAAGUUAUGGCUUUCUACGCCCCUUUUCUUCUGUUAUAUGCAAUAUCGGCUGCCUCGGGUAGUAUUAUAAGGGGGGCAGGGAAGCAGAAGGUUGGGGCGAUAUGCAACAUCCUGGGUUACUAUGGGGUUGGCUUUCCUAUUGGAGUGUCCCUGAUGUUUGCUGCCAAGCUAGGAAUCAUGGGCCUGUGGACCGGUCUGUUUACCUGUGUGUUUCUACAGUCCUCCUUCCUCAUCGUAUAUCUAUCCAGAAUGAACUGGAAGAAAGCCACUGUAGAGGCCCAGAUCAGAGCUGGGGUACAGGGGAACUCUACAGACAUGGACAUGGCCCCAGAGGCCCAUUCAAAUGAUUCAGCUCCAUGUGAGGGCCAUAAAGACAGAAAUGCCCUGGCUGAAGAUGGGGCUGAGGCUGGGGACAGGGUGGCCCUCAACAAGGUGGGGGCACUGCUGGCCCACAGGGCCCUGAUAAUGCGGAGGGCCCUGGCUCUGUGUGUCAUGCUCUUCAUCCUAGCCCUGGGAAUCAUCAUCAACCUAUUGCUCACCAACCUCACUUGA